AGUAGCAAGGAGGGGUACAAAUUUCCAGCUCCUGCUUCUACAAGUACUGGACUGCUCCGAAGUGAGCCAGGCAGCUCUGGCCAGCAAAACGCACCUUUUCCAAGCCAUAGACUCUUGCUCGGUCUCAGGUGAUGGUCUGGAAUUAAGCUAUCACCUGUGUCACUCUCCCACAAUGGAAGAAAUGAAGAAGACUGCCAUCCGACUGCCUCGGGGUAGGCAGAAACCUAUAAAGACUGAAUGGAAUUCCCGGUGUGUCCUUUUCACCUAUUUCCAAGGGGACAUCGGCAGUGUAGUGGAUGAGCACUUCUCCAGGGCUCUGAGCAGCGUCAAGAGCCCCCAGGCAUUGAGCCCCUCGAGGCAGAGUGAAGAUGUGAUCCUAAAGAAUGAUAAUGACAUGCCUCCAAAUCAGUGGCGUUUUUCUUCUCCACGGACAAAACCACAGCCAGAAGUAUCUCCUGCAAACCGUGCCUCCAGCUGCCGCCUAAAUGUGUCUGGUCCCCUGACUGGGGACCAGUUCCCACAGUCGUUGAGUGGGAGCCCCUUCACUCAGUCUGGGGGGCUGUGGCAUUUCUCCUCCCUAGCCAACCCCAGCUCCUCGGAGCCUGGCUACUCUCAGGCCUUCCUCGCUGGGCAGCUGGUUCCAGAGCCCCAGCCUGAUGGGAAAUGUGAGUCCCUCCUAAGUCUCCUCCCACAAGACAGAUGCCCAGCCCGUCCUCAGGAAUCUGCCACAAGGGAGGACUGCAACCCUGUUCAGAUAGCUGGAAGCACAGGAUUACUCCUCAACCUGCCUCCCAGCUCAGUCCACUAUAAGAAAAUAUAUCUCUCCCCCAAUCGUGGACGUGCCAGUACCAGCCUUGCAAAGGAAAGAAGCCAGUCUCCAGAGAGAAGAAAAGAUCUGUUCUUUUACUGAACUUCAGUUUGAAGAAAAGAAUUCUUUUUCUCAAACCUGCUUGUGAUUUUCUACUGUGAAUCCAGACGGUCUAGAGACGUCACUGUCCUCUUUUGUUUCUCAGCAUUGAAUUAGGAGCAAGUUUAUGCUCUCCCUAAAAUUGUGCACUUCUCUUCCUUGGCACCUAUGCCUUACAGUAGGGCUUUUCAAGCUUAUUAAGUGGUUAAAAGAGUUGAUCUGGAAUGGGGAGCAUAGAGGCCGACCUGCUUGUUCAUGCCACCAUUCACCGCCCUUGCUGCCUUUUUACUUAGAAAUCAGAGGCCCCUGCCACUGCCCUAGCAGGGUCCUUCAAACCCAAACUGACCACAUGGUAUUCCAUGGGGUUGUCUCAAUUUUCCAGCUGAAUUGAGAUACCAGAACAGCAUGAAGCUUUCCAGCCUUAACCAGACUGUGGCCUCUACCAAAAGCAAAAUUAAAAUGGGGUGGGCAAAACCCAUUGAGAAUGGAUUGAGGCUGUGGGUUUCCUACAUCUUCAAAGUCUGAAAAUAAGCUGAAAAGUCUCAGCCUGGCCCUGAUGAAUGAAAUACUUUCACUGGAAAAAUUUGGUUCUUCAUUUCUAAGAAAAGUGAUCCCAAAUGGAAUAGUUGAGAAAUCUAAUAAUUUAUUUAUUGGAAAUUAAGCAAACUGCCCUGUCCCAAGUUGGGCCUGUGGCUGGAUCAGAACUUAUUCUGCAUCCAGAGCAUUUCUUAGAUGCAGUUCCAUGAGUUUCUGUCUUCCUUUGCUCUGUGUACGAGGACUCUGGCAUCUGACACCCCACAGGCAUUUGUCUGGACCUUGGCAGAGCUUUCCAGCCUUCCAAGGGGGCCUCCAUUAACAAUGUAACUUUUCCUUUAGCUCUUUCACAGUAAUUGCUAUCUGGGAAAUAUUUGCCUUCUUUUCAACACCAAACUUUUGGGGCCACCCACAUGGAUACCCCUAGCAUCUUUAGUUAAGUCGAAGGACAAAGGCAAGGCUUCAUCCAAGACAUGGCAGCAGGACCUCCCUGCAGAUUAUUCCAGAUAAAAUGACAAGUUCUCAAACUCAUUCAUUUUCCCAAUCUGAUAGAUAGCCUUGUGUCUAGUUUGAGCUCGGUACUCGCCCCAUGACAAUCCUGGAAGUCCCUGCUGUCAAUGUUUCCAAUCUACAUCCUGCUUGUUGCUGUGUAAUAGCUCAGAGAGUGAAUAAUAAUAAAACUGAAU